UAUACGGCUGCUUAUCAGCUGCGCAUUAAUAAUAAAGGAAGUUGAUUGGGAUUCAAACUGGAAUAAAACAGGAGACUUCACCUUUGGAAACGUUCUAUUUUUCCAAGAUUUUGCGUCCGAAUCGAAUUUCAUAUAUCAUUCAUUGAAUACUUAUAUCCUGAAGUAUAUAACUGAGUCCUUUUGAGCGUCAUUCGUUGAGCUGAAAGCCUGAAAUCGGGAUUUUGAUGGUUCUUCUGUUGUGGGAUCGUCGACGUCGUUUUAGCGGGUCAAAGUACAGAGUACCGUUUGUUUCCUUCCGUAAUCCAAUUCCAAUGGCUUGUUGUGGUGAAGGCGAUUGGAAAUCAUUAUCGAACGCUCAAAGUGCUGUUGUUUUUAGACUGAGUCAUCAAAUACCGAGUCAUCACUGUGAAAAGCACUGUAAAUUUAACAUUAGUUCAAAUCUCUGUUUACCGAGUUUAGCUUGAAAUUGUGAAUUAGCUAGAGCCGGGUUUACACUGUCACUGCACUGCAGCCUCAGUCAACACAACACAGCUCAGCUCAGCUCAGCAGCACAGAACUUAUUUGGUUGAGCAAAAGUGUUCAGUGAAGUAAGAGAAAAGUUUUAACAAAUUGUAAAGCAGUACUAUUUAAGCGUCUAAUAGUGUGCUUCACCAACAUUUACUUCUGCUAAGAGCAUUCAAUUUAAAUCAAGUAAUAUCACAUUUGGGAGUUAUACAAUUUAAGCUGGAUCAACAACUUGUUCUGAACCGGGUAUCGUUCAUGACGCGUGACGUGGACUCCAAUUUCUACAGUCUACAUCAACAUCAACAAGAGUCGGUGCCAAGUCUAAGAACAGGCUGUGUAGUGCAGUGAGAAAGUGCAAACAAAAUCUCUUGACGCAGUGAAAUCACCUUGCUCAGUCGCUCCUCAGCUCACUUGAAAGUUGAAACUGAAUUGAAGCCAAGAUGAAGCUACUUGAGAAUCCCAAAUUGGAAGCCAUCAGUGAAGCUCUUGCCAUGGAAAUGGGAGAAUGCAGAAUCCUUGGAAAGGUGGAAAGCUACUCCUGCAAGAUGGCCGGUCAGGACAAACGUCUCUUCAAGCUAUUGAGCCAGGAGAACGGUCAUUCUCCAAGCGAGUUACAGGCCCUGUCACCUCCACAGAGCGCACUGACGGUCCAGCAUCCAAACAUUGUCAGUCGCAGCAGCGGGGAUGAAGCUGGUGGACCCCUGUGCCAUACUUGCAGCAGGAAAAUGAUCUUCUACCUCAUCUCGACGCUCAAUGCCGCAUUUCACCCUGAUUACGAUUUUAGUGAUGCCAAGAGUGACGAGUUUAGUCGAGAGCCAAGCUUGGACUGGACUGUGAAUGCAGUCGAUGGCAAUCUGUUCUCUGCAGGCGGGGAGCUGUACACUACUCAGAUCAGGCCUAAGCUCUGGGCUGCCAUCAAUGAUGAAAUCAAUGCUACAGAAUGUGAGAUCUACAGCUACAGUCCAGAUCUGUCCUGACCCUUUGGAGAAGAGGGAGUCUUGUGGUCAUUCAACUACUUCUUCUACAACAAGAAACUGAAAAGGAUUCUCUUUUUCACCUGCCGAGCCACAAGGAGGGACCUUUGCCACGAUUCUGGCCUGGGCCAUGACCUGUCCUUGAAUGUGGACGAUGAUGAUCUGAUGAUGGAAUCGGAUGGAGAGAGCCAGCAGGAUCUAGAUUACUAUGCAGAGGGAGAACCUCUUUACUGUGGAAGAGGGAUGGAAGUAUUCUAGAGCAGCAGUGAUAGAAGUAUCUUUACUUGAUGGACUGCGGCAAAGUGUUAACCAGGCUUGGGCUUCUUUUCUCAUCGUAUACUAGUAUUCAUUCCAAAGUGGAUUAACAGAAAAAAUAGUAAUCAAGCUACUCGACCCAACUACCACUUUUCAAUGUAAAAACAUCUCAGUCCUCUCUGUCAGGCUUUGUAUCCCUACAGGCCUGCACUACUAUUAUUCAUUUCAAGAAAUGGUUAACUGGUUUGCAUUUGAUUGUGAACAGCUCUUCAAAGAUCAAAAGCUAGAAGUGUCGUUGAUUGUAGCAAUGCACUUAUUAACCAUAAUUGCUUAUGUUAUUUGGGUGUAUUUCAGAAUUGAAAGAAAUAGUUCAAGGGAUUAUUAUAGCAUAGGAAUGUGUGCUAAUGGUUUUGAGGAGUUGAUUCUACGAGAAGUGGUUUUUCUUUUUCAUAUUUCUAUGUUCCUGAGAUGGUAGCCAUGGCACAAUGCACUUUCUCUUUGAGCUUCAUUUAUGCUUUGCAAUCUACAUGUAUAGCGCUUGUAUAAAUAACUGAAAAAGGAUUACAGCAUAUAUCAAAUACAUUGGAUGCUAUUGUAGCAAUGCCAUAGCUUCAUUGCGGGUAUUUUUUGCCCAAAAGCCAAAACUGUAAUCUUUCUUUCUUACGAUUUGAAAUCAAGGUCUGCUUCUUACGUGUCUGGUUGAACAUUUUUAGUAAUGUGGAAAGAAUUGUUUUAAUGAGCACAUAUUAGUACAUCUGAAAUAAACCUGCACACUAAUUUUGAAGUUUAUGAUCGUGGCAUCCUAUGAAAGCCCAGCAAAGGCAGAUACCGGUGCUGUUCAAGACCUCAUCAGCAGCAGCAGUGAUUUGAUUUGAUGGUAUCAAUGCCUGAUUUGAUUUGAUGGCAUAGGUGCCUGAUUUGAUUUGAUGGUAUCAAUGCCUGACUUGAUUUGAUGGCAUCGGUGCCUGAUUUGAUUUGAUGGUAUCAAUGCCUGAUUUGAUUUGAUGGCAUCGGGGCUUGAUUUGAUUUGAUUUGAUGGUGUCAUUGCCUGAUUUGAUUUGACGGCAUCAAUGCCUGAUUUGAUUUGAUAUGUUUCAGGAACAUAGGAAUGUAGGUUUGAGUUAUGAAGACUGAUUCUGCUGGGUUACAGGAAAUUGUAAAUGAUUAAAUAAUACAAGAAUAUAGAGAGAUAUAUAUUUAUUCUUUUGAUACUUUGUUCAUGUAUAGAAUUUGGAUGUUUUGUACAUAAUUUCAGAAAGUGUUCCUCUGUUGUUGUCAUUUUUAAUACUGUAGAUGUGGCUUGUAUAUAAUUGUUAUACCUGUGGUUUACACUUUGUGAUUUGUUUUGUAUUUUUGUACCAACUUAGCGAUUUUGCACCACUGACUGCUCUACCAUUAGACUGUAUUUAUUAUUGCUUUUAAAAUUGGGUUGCCUGCUUAUGCUCACUCGUGUACCCGAUGUGCAUAAUUUAGAUUUGAUGUGCUUUACAUGUAUUUCCAUAUUUUGCUGGAAACCUUUAAGUUGCUGUGGUGCUAUGAUGAACAUUACGUUUUUGCUUGUGUGAGAUAUAUUAAGAUCGACAAAGUUAGUCUACACAUUGAUGCAUCUAAAACACCGGUUUCAAACUGUCCAUUGUUUGCCUCUAUAGAAAUGCUGUAUAAAUGUCUGAUAGAUAAUUUCUACUUAACAUUUCAACACAGAAUUACAUGCAUCUUGGGGGACCUCUCAUGAUAGACAUUUACUCUCCAUAAUAUAUUUUGAGUAGUGCAUCAAGGGUGAAGGCACUUGGGAGAAAAACAGAAAUUAGUGAUAUUUUUGUUAACGACAAACAUGAAAGUUAUCUGUCACAAUCCACUGACAAAACUGUCAAUUUGAAAUUUGCAUAGCUGUAGUGAUCUCAUAUUCCAAAAAUUCUUUACUUAUUAUUGGUCCAAUUUUAUUUCAAAUUUUUGCCAUUCUGUUUCUCUAAUUUUUCUGCUUUCAUUCAAAUGAACUUACUACAAGGGUUGGAUUGCCCUUUAAGAUACAUUACCACACAGGGCUAAUAGAGUGUGAUAGACUAUGCAGUCAAAGACCUUACAGCUUAGGCACUCUGUUAUGCAUUACAACUUAAAGUACAUAACAUGGGUAUACAUGUGUUGAGAAAGCAAUCAAACCAAGUCAACCCUAGAUAUAUUAGAGCAUUGUGUGUCAGUCAGUGUUUUGUUUCAUGAAAUUGUGAUUUAGGAAGUGGAUUCACUAUGCAGAAACUUGUAAGAAAGUUUUUUUUUAAAGAAUUGAUUAAAACUUGUGAAAUAUGGAUAUUAUGGAUCAGCCCCAUUCAGAGCUUUUUAUGCAACCUGCUCUGGAUUCUUGCCAAAUGUCCAAACAUAAUUUUCCCUGUCAAAAGAAUAUUUUACUUACGGUAUUCCACGACACCAGUGCCACUUUUCCUAAUGUAACCAAAUCUAAAGCAUACAUCUUUGUGAAGUGCCUCAAUACAAGGACAAUCAUGCAUUUUGCAUUCCGUCUAUUGAAAUACAAUUAUUCAUCACAGCCGUAUGAAAUAUUAAUAUUGAGGCACUUAAUAAAGACAUGCAUUAAAUUUUGUUACAUUAUAUAGUCUAAUUGAUUUUAUCAAUAAGUUUUACUUGCUUUGAUGGUAAAAAAAAAAUCAAAAGGUCUAAUAAAACAAUUCUUUAAGAUUGUGAUUUAAAAAAAUUCAGUAAUUUGGUCGUUUAAUUGCACUUACGUCAAGCUCUUUACUGUGUAUAUAUAUGUAGAUAUGCACUAUUGCACCGAGUAUGUGUUAAAAACUCAUUUUUGUAAAAAGAGGACUGUUCGACACAAGUACAUUUUGUUAAUUUUAAUGUAGUUGAUGUGAUAGGAAGAAAAAGGGAGAAAAAAAUUGUUUUAUGCAAGUAAA